AUGACGCGCAACAACCUGAACGAGCAUCUGCUGUGGUUGUUGUUCGACAAACCGUCUCUCCCGCCCGAAAACCUCGACUUGCCGCCGGCGACGAUAUCAUUCACAUCUGCAGUUGAGCCGCCGCCUGCAAGCGAGCCUGAUCAGGAAAUUACGUCCUCCAGAGGCUCCGGAUCACGACCAGCAGGCGCGAGACCAAAUCCUCCUGAAGUUGUUCCUAGUGAAAGCCACCAGCAGCGGUCACAGCAGCCAAGAGAGGUGAAUGCCGCACUGGCACAUGUCAAUGAAAAUUCGGACGACAUGGUCCGCAUGAGAACAGCGCCUACAUCGGCCAGCAAGCAGCACAGUGCCGCGUCCGUGCCAGGCCAUCUCGAUGGAACGCCCUCCAAGAACUGGCGGUCCGCUUCAGAGCUGGCAGGUGCUUCUACGUCUCGGGGAAAGAUGAUUGGACCGACGCCAAUGCAGAAGAAGCUUCAGAGUUUUGACGACAUUGAGGAAAUGGAUUUGACUGAGGACUUUGCCUCGAUAUGCAGUCCUCCAGCGAAGAGAAGUUUGCCGGAUGUGGCUGGCAAGAAGAGAACCAGCGAUGAGUUUGAGCUUGCCAUUCGUAGUCCGUCUGGCUCUUCUAAGCGUCCCGCUGAUAAGCCGAGGAAAGCACCACGUCUCUCGCAGGAGUUCACGGCAAUUGAUGAUAUCGUCCUGGACAGCCCUGCUAAGACCGGUGCUGCACCGAGUGAUCCUCCUCCCCCAUAUUCAACUUUGGCGCCACUCAAGCGAGCAACACCUGUCCGACAGCCAGAAGUUCCAUAUCAUGUUGCUCCAAGAUCUGCCAAGAAGGAAACUUUUGUGGACGACUCUGAGGACGAUGACGACCUUCUCAACUUGUCUGGGCACAAGAUGAACCUUUCAGGCAAGAAGCUGAAUCCUGCGUCCAAUGUCGAGGCAACUCCUAGCAAGAAGCCUUCGGCCAAGACACGCAGUCCGACCAAGGAAAUCUCGAUGUCCGAUGCUGCUCCUGCCACCAAAUCGUCGCUACAGCCUACCGUUCGAUAUCCCGAUCUGACUGUUACGCCUGUCCAAAGCAAUGUCACGACGCCAGUGCCGCCAGCGAGUGUUUUGACUCAGGUCAUAGCACCGGAAAUGGCAGAAUCACAAGCGCAGCUCAUACAGAUUUUUGAGCUGCCAGAUUUUGCAUAUGAAGAAGCGCUUCAGGGUAUUGAGAUCCUUCGUGAUGCUGUGUGCAAUGAGAUGACAGAGGCAUUGGAUGAGGGUCAGGACGACGUCACCAGCUUUGAGACCCAACUGGACGCUCUUGACUCCCGACGUGAUGCACUGGCUUCUCUUCAGACCAAACGUAGCACCCACCGCAAGCUUGUCGAAGAGAAAGAAAGCCUCAAGCAAGCUCUUGGCCUCGCAGUCAGGCAGCGCAGCAAGGACUUGAGCGCCCACACAGCAGCUAACAAGGAAGGCAAAGAACGUUUGACCCGCUUUGAAGUUGACUGCGUGUCACUUCUGCAAUCCUGCAGCGAGGAUGUCAAGACCAUGUUGAGUCGAAGAGAAGCACGUUCUCAAGCUACAAAGAGCCAGAAGGUGGCAGUUCAGUCCACACAAGUCCCAACACUUCGCCAGCCCUCGGACCAUGCGCCAGCUAUGUCAAGCUCAAGUCGAGUCGUACAGACGCAGAUCCAGAAUUUCAUGCCGCCACCACCUCGAAAUAAUCAUUCUGAGUGCAGUACGAUCCGCCACGAAGAUGUUUAUGACGACGACCUAGACGAUAACGACAUGAUUGAUGCUGACACGAGCCAUUUCGGCCACCGAAUGGGCACUCCACCUGCGCAGUAUGACAACGACGAUGAUUAUGGAAUGGAAGACGAUGAGGAGAUGCUUGACUUCGUGGAAGGAUACGAGAAUACAUCCUUGUCAAAGGCACCUGUGUAUCGCCAGCCUUUUGCAGAGACAUCUGGCAAUAGUCAGAUGCGACCGCCUUCCGCCAUGAAAGCAAAGAAGGCUCCUGCCAAGAAGUCUCAGGCCGAGGAAGAUGAGCUGCAGCGACAGAAGAUGAGUUUUCGCUGGUCGCCAGAUGUCGGCCGAGUGUUGAGACAUGUCUUCAAACUCAAAGGAUUUCGCAAGAACCAGCUCGAAGCUAUCAAUGCUACAUUGGAAGGCCAAGAUGUUUUCGUACUUAUGCCGACUGGAGGUGGCAAGUCUUUGACUUAUCAGCUUCCGGCACUCGUACCAACAGGGAAGACCCAAGGUGUAACGAUUGUGAUCUCACCGCUCUUGAGCUUGAUGCAAGACCAAGUCGAACACCUACGCAAGCUUGGUGUACAGGCAACGUUGAUCAAUUCCGAGACCAGUCGAGAAGAGAGAGAUCUGAUCAUGGAUGCUUUGUGGGACAGAGAGCCCGAGAGAAUGGUGCAGCUGUUAUAUGUGACGCCGGAAAUGCUUGGCAAGAGCGAGAAGAUGCUGCGAACAUUCGAAGGACUCCAUCGCAAGCGCAAAUUGGCCAGAAUCGUGAUCGAUGAAGCUCACUGCGUGAGUCAAUGGGGUCACGACUUCCGACCCGACUACAAGAACCUUGGCGAGGUGCGGCAAAGAUUUCCUGGUGUCCCGGUCAUGGCACUGACUGCCACUGCGACGGAGAUCGUCAAAUCCGAUACGAUCCACAAUCUCAGCAUGGAUGGUUGCGCAGUCUUUACUUCAAGUUUCAACCGCACCAACCUGUCAUAUAGCGUAUUACCAAAACCGAAAGGAAAGCAGGAUGUUCAGAGCAUGGCGGAGGUGAUCAAAAAGGAUCAUGCCAAGGACACUGGCAUCAUCUACUGCCUCUCGAGAAAGAACUGCGAGGAUAUUGCUGCCGCUUUGGUGAACGAGCAUCGUAUCAAAGCCAAGCAUUACCACGCAGGCAUGGACUCGAUCGCGAAGGCUGAUGUGCAAAAAGAAUGGCAGGCUGGACAUGUCCAUGUCAUUGUCGCAACGAUCGCCUUCGGUAUGGGUAUCGAUAAAAGCAACGUUCGCUUCGUAAUUCAUCACAGCAUUCCUAAAUCUUUGGAGGGCUACUACCAAGAGACUGGCAGGGCGGGCCGAGACGGCAAGCCAUCUGCGUGCUAUUUAUACUAUGGCUACGGAGAUGCGGGCAAGCUUCGCAAGAUGAUCGAUGACGGCGAAGGCAAUUGGGACCAGAAGGACCGCCAGCAUCAGAUGCUGUCUAAGAUGGUGCAGUAUUGCGAGAACAAGAGCGACUGCAGACGUGUUCAGGUUCUGGGCUACUUUGGGGAAGCUUUCGAGCCUGAAGAUUGUCUUGGCGGAUGCGACAAUUGCACUUCAGGAUCAACUUUCGAGGAAGUGGACUAUACUCAGCACGCUCGCGACGCUAUCAGUCUCGUGAGAGAGCUUCGAGAUCAGAAAGUCACGAUUCUGCACUGCAUCGACAUGUUCCGCGGGGCCAAUACCAAGAAGGGACGAGAUGCUAAACACGAGAAAGUUGCCCAUUUCGGUAAAGGCGAAGACCUCGAUCGUGGCGAUGUAGAACGACUGUUCUACCGCCUGGUGAACGAACAAGCAAUCGUCGAAGAGAGUCACAAGAACAAGAGAGGAUUUGUCCUAUCGUACGUCAACCUUGGCCGCCGAUGCAAUGACUUUGCUCCGGGCAAGGCAAGACUGAAAAUGCUGAUUCGAAGCUCACCGCGCGCUACGAAGAUUGUCAAGAAACCGAUGAAGAGGAGGGGCGAUGAUACGACAGUGAAAGCACUUCCAAUGUCGACCAAUGUAUCGUCACCAGUGCAGGCUGUGUCCAAGCGCAAGAAGGCUGCUGCUCAGUCAAAUGUCAGACAGAGCCGGCAGGCCAAUGACUACGAGCGUGAUGGCUUCGUUGUCGACGAUCCAAGCGAAGACAGCUUUGGCGAAGAUGCUGAGACUGAAACUGAUGAUGAGUACUACGCACCUGCCCCACAGCCCAUCAAACCACAGCGUAAAAGAAUCGCACCACAACCGCGUGGAAGGACUAUCACGAUCGACGACACCAUGAGCAAUCUCUCUGAGCUCCACAAGGAUUUCGUAGCACAAUUUGAGCAAGAAGCUGAGGAGAAGUGCAAGACUCUGAUGAACCAGAACUUCCACCUGAAAAGCCAACCGUUCACCAAUACGAUAUUACGACAAAUGGCAAUACGCUGGACAGAGACGCCAGAACAAAUGCUUCGUAUCCCGAACAUCGAUCGAGAACGAGUCGAUCGAUGGGGUGAGCUCUUCUGCAAACUCGUCAAGAAGUAUCAUGACCAUUAUCGGGAGAUUAUGGGCGCGCAAGCAGAGCUGGAAGACGAUGGCGAUGACGAUGAACAGCCGCUCGAUCCCAACCAUCAGAAUGUCAUCGACCUCGUGAGCGAAGACGAGGACGAGGGAGGAAAAGAAUUCGAAGACUUCGUAGAUGACGAGGAAGAGGGUGUGGAGAGUCAAUACUUUUCCGUUGCUCAGUACAAGGCACCAGAUGUUGAAGACUUCAACAAUCGGCUCGCAGGAAUGUCACAAUCGGCGAAUAAAGCGAGAGCGGAGUCACAAGCUGCGGAGAAGUCGACCUCUAGGAAAGGCAAGAACUACAGCAUUCGAGCCGCCAACAAAGCCAAUGACGAAAAUACAUAUCGUCGCAAGUUCUCUGGCGGCAGUCGUGGCGGUCGCUAUGCACCAGGCUCUGGCUCUGGAUCUGGGACAGGCAGAAAGAGGACAUCUGCGUCUAGCAAGAGCGGCGGCGCUUCUGCAAAAAAUUCGCGCGCACCAUCUCGAGCGCAGGGCGGCGGCUUUGGUACGGGCUCAGUCAGAGCGAUGCCGACUUGAUGCUUUCCGCUCUUAGAAAUAGCUCUCGUUCUCUCCAUCCCUGGCAAAGACGAUGCUGUGAGCAAUGCGA